AUGUCCUCCACCACAAAUGAAGAUUCACCGAAGCCUGUACGGCCCUCACAAUCCCUCACAGAGCAUAUACAUGCAAUGCCUGGCUCGAAAGAUUGCCUGUCCUGUAGAAUAGUCGGCACCGGGACAUUUGCGGGCGUUGGGACGUACGCGUUAUACCAGGCUCGGCCGGCUGCCCUGGGCAGUCCCAUGCAGAAGCGACUCGUAGCGGGAUUGGGUGUCUGCCUACUGAUUGGUGGUGUUAUCAGGUGGAGACAAUAUGCUUCCGUGUAG